GCCUGUGAGGAAGGCACCACACUAGGACCAGUUGGGGGCAGGAUUUUCCAGGGCCACAUGGUGUUUGCAGUACUGAGGUAUGGGGCAUAUGGCUGUAUGAGGACCUUCUUGACAGGUCAAAUCAACAACAUCAAGCCUGACCCUGAAAUCUACAUCAAUCUCAUCAGUGAGUGCACCUCCCUGGGGAGGGAGGGUGAGUUCUCCACCUGCUUCACAGAGCUCCAGAGAAACUUCCUGAAGGAUCGUCCAACCAAACUGAAGAGCCUCAUCCUCCUGGUCAAGCACUGGUACCGACUGUGUAAGGAGAAGCUGGGGAAGCCACUGCCCCCCCAGUAUGCCCUGGAGCUGCUGACAGUCUAUGCCUGGGAACGUGGGAGCGGAGCCACUGAGUUCAACACAGCCCAGGGCUUCCGGACAGUCUUGAAACUGGUCACCAAGUACAGGCAGCUUCAAAUCUACUGGACAGAGUAUUAUGACUUUCAACACCAAUACAUCUCCAACUACGUGCACAGUCAGCUCAGAAGAGUCAGGCCUGUGAUCCUGGACCCUGCUGAUCCAACAGGAAAUGUGGCUGGUGGGAACCCAGAGAGCUGGCGUCGGCUGGCUGGAGAGGCUCUGGCCUGGCUGAACUACCCAUGCUUUAGAAAUUCGGAUGGCUCCCGAGUGCUCUCCUGGGAUGUGCCG